CAUGACCUCGGCCAACGACUACGAGCAGCUGGAGCUGCAGCAGCAGUACAGCCGCAUCAACGUCCGCUGGGACGCGUCCGACGAUGAGCUGGACAACGACAACAGCUCGGCGCGGCUCUUUGAGCGCUCCCGCAUCAAAGCCCUGGCAGAUGAGCGGGAGGCCGUGCAGAAGAAAACCUUCACCAAGUGGGUGAACUCGCACCUGGCUCGUGUCACCUGCCGCAUCUCGGACCUCUACAUGGACCUCCGGGACGGGCGCGUGCUCAUCAAGCUGCUGGAGGUGCUGUCAGGAGAGCUUCUGCCCAAGCCCACCAAGGGCCGGAUGCGGAUCCACUGCCUGGAGAAUGUGGACAAGGCGCUGCAGUUCCUGAAGGAGCAGCGGGUGCACCUGGAGAACAUGGGCUCCCACGACAUUGUGGAUGGCAACCACCGCCUCGUCCUUGGCCUCAUCUGGACCAUCAUCCUCCGCUUCCAGAUCCAGGACAUCAUUGUGGAGACGCAGGAGGGCCGGGAGACACGCUCUGCCAGGGAUGCACUGCUGCUCUGGUGCCAGAUGAAGACGGCAGGUCCCCCCCCCCCAGGUACCGGCGGCCCUACGUUUGAAUGUACCAAAUCUUCAUCAAGUCUUGGAAGGACGGGCCUGGCUUCAAUGCUCCUCAUCACAGGCACAGAUGUAUUCACGGAGAACCCUGACGAGAAGUCCAUCAUCACCUACGUGGUGGCCUUCUACCACUACUUCUCCAAAAUGAAGGUGCUGGAGGUGGAGGGAAGGCGCCUGGGCAAGGUCAUCGAGCACGCCAAGGAGACGGAGCGGAUGAUCGAGGGCUACGGGGGGCUGGCAUCUGACCUGCUCACCUGGAUCGAGCAGACCAUCGCCUCCCUCAACAGCCGCAGCUUCGCCAACUCGCUGGCCGGGGUGCAGCACCAGCUGCAAGCCUUCAGCACCUACCGUACCGUGGAGAAGCCCCCCAAGUUUCAGGAGAAGGGUAACCUGGAGGUGCUGCUCUUCACCAUCCAGUCACGGAUGAGAGCCAACAACCAGCGCGUCUACACCCCGCACGAGGGGCGCCUGGUCUCCGACAUCAACCGG